AUGUCGCUUUACUCUGCCUUGAAGUUGAAGAAAUACAUGAUAAAUCAACCAGCCUCAAAUAUAUUACCUUCCUGACAAAACGUUCGUCAGGUUUCGACGGAUUUCAACUGGUUUCAACGGGUUUCCACUGGUUUCGACUUUAGCAAAUUUUGUCUUUGAAUUGUCCCCCAUCGAGAUCACUCACUGCGUUAUGUGCAUCUGACGUCACAGCUGCUUAUUGGCCUUUACACUGCCCACAGCACGAAAGACACUUGUUAUUCUCUUUAUUGAGAUGUAGGGAUCUGCAGUUCUCACUUUGCACAGAGCAGUGAGCUGAUUUAAUACGUACAAAAGGCGAGAAAAUGGCAAGGCGAGUGGCUGUGGUGACUGGCUCCAACAAAGGGGUUGGCUUUGGCAUUGUCAGAGCUUUGUGCCAGAAGUUUGACGGUGAUGUCAUUUUGACAGCUCGGGACGAAGGGCGUGGGAAACAGGCGGUGGAUGCUCUCAAACAGGAACGGCUCAGUCCGCUGUUCCAUCAACUGGACAUCACUGACCAUAACAGUGUCGUCCGACUACGUGACUUUCUCAAAGAAAAGUACGGAGGUCUAGAUGUGCUUGUCAACAAUGCAGCCAUUUCUUACACGGGUUCAUCCACGGCACCAGUUUCAGAGCAAGCUAAAGUCACGCUGAAGACCAACUUUGAUGCUACCCUCGAUGUCUGUGAAGUGCUGUUUCCUCUAUUGCGACCUCAUGCUCGAGUGUCCAAUGUCUCCAGCUUUGUUAGCCAGAUGUCCCUAGCCAAGUGUUCGGACGCAUUGAGGUCAAAGUUCACGAACCCAAACCUCCGAAUGGAUGAGCUCGUCUCUCUUCUCAAGCAGUUUGUGAAGUCUGCUCAGACUGACCAGCACCAAGCACAGGGCUUCUCCAACUCCUCCUACGCGAUGUCCAAAGUGGGCGUGACUGUCAUGUCCAUCAUACAGCAGAGAGAACUGGACGCCAAGGGGGCGGAGGAUAUUGUGGUCAAUGCUUGUUGCCCGGGGUAUGUGGACACAGACAUGUCAAGUCACAGAGGCCCGCUCACUAUUGACCAGGGGGCAGUAACUCCGACAUACUGCGCUCUCCUCCCGCAAAAUGUGCACAGCCCCCGAGGGAAGUUCAUCAGGAACAAAAAGAUUGCCCAAUGGAAGAUGUAAAAUUUCGGCCUUUUGAACGUUGUUUUUGUACAAAGAUGGUCUUAGGAUUUUCUUAAAAUCAGGCUUUACUAGGGGUAGAAAUUUAUUAAGGAGAAACAGAGGACUGGGAAGUACAAAAUGUAUACACAUGGACCUACUGUGUAGUUCAGACCUAACAGUUUUUCUAGAAGGGGAAAAUGUGAGGUAUUGUUUUUUGUUUGUUUUGUUAUUGUUAAAAUUUUUAUGGCACUUACUUGCAAUACAAGUGGGUCAUAUCAGUACCAAAGAUUAGAGGUGUCAUUAGAGAGAGAGUAACAUACAAAGAAAAGGAGGAGAGAUGCGGAUGAUGCAUAUUUGAAGGAAAGAGGGACACCCACAUUGUCAGGUUUUAGGAACUUGAGCAAAAAAAAUAAUUAUAAUGCGUUGUUAUUAGCUUCCUGAGCCUAUUCUUUUUUUUCUGGUUGAUUUUCAAUAAAACUAAAGAAAAUGCCAUA